UCUCAGACAAAGACAUCAGCUAAGCACGCCAUAAAGCCUUCGCCGCCUAUCCAAAAGAAACUCUUAACUUCACACUAUCGAAGUUAAUACUUUUUACUUGGCCUCGCCGCUCGCACGCGUACACACACCAUAACCUUUCAACGAAUCAACUAUCUACCUUCAUCUUACCAUCCUUUAUCAAUCAACAAGAUGUCUUCCGUCAGCCAGAAUCUCGCUGAGCACGUCCGCCAGGGCCAGCCCCAGAUGUUCCUGCCUCUUGCCCCCACCACCUCAUCCUCCUAUCCUACCGCCCAGAGCGUCAAGCCUACCGCCCAGAGUGAUAAGCCCGCGGCUCACGGUUCCCGCCGCACCUCCAGCCAAAGCAGCGUCGGCAGUGCUAGCAGUGCUAGCAGCUUUCGCUUCCUCAAGCUUGGGCCCGUCCACUACGGCGAGCACUCCGGCGACCACAAAGAGGACUACCACGAGGUUGCUGUCGACGAGUGAACAAACCCCAACCACACAGUCACUUUUCCAGUUUUAUUUAUUUAUUUACUGCGGGCACUACGAGAACCUUGACCAAAAAAACCGGCGCUAC